GGGAGCAGGAGAAGGAGGCUGAGAAGGAGGGAGGAGGGGGAGGGGGAGAGGGAGCUAGAUAGGUGGUAGAAUGUGGGGUGCGGCGGUUCUGGCUCCCGACGUGCGCGCCCUGGACGGCUACGGACUCGCCAACAAGCCCAACGGAGUGCUGUGGCAGGGUCCUGAACAGGCCCGGGCCGUCAUCUCCGCCACACACGAUCGGUACGACAACCGCAACCAGCUGGUGUCGUAUGCCGUGUCGUACGACCACAAGCUGGGAUUCCACCACUGGCGCGCCAACGCCGCCACCGACCGCGGCACUACGGACCCGGCAGAGCCCAUCGAGGGCGUGGGCCUCAUCGCCUUCAACAAGCACCUGCAGAUCCAGCGCAUAUACGAGUUCGACAUGAAGCCCUACCCGCUGAGGUCGCCGGAGGAGGUGGCGGCGGGCGGCGGCGGUAGCCACACCGCGUGAGGGGUGCGCGUAACCGUACACACAUGAGGGGGAUGGAUGUGAUUGGGAGUGAGGCGUGCCGGCGGCGUGGCGGCUGCCUGGCUUUGCCUCUAUCUUCUCAUGUAGGAGGUAGCUCCUGCUGGGUAGCGCUAGCGGCAUGGCGGCUCAGCGGCUGGCGGGCUCACGUGGGUAGGUGGAUGCGCUUUGCAGCAUGCCACGCCACGGUGCCAAGCUGGUCGCGGCUGAUUGUUGUGCAGGGGUCGUAUCUUUUUUUUCGGGGUGAUGUCUGGCUCCAGACAAAAACGGCCGGAUGGCCGCCGUCUUUUGUCAGGGCACAAGGCGGUUUAUAGGAAUUCGGACAAAACCCGCCCCAAACCCGGGCCAACAAAGUCUCACCUCAGACAUUAGCCCCCGGGAGGAAUGUCUAGGAAACGGCCAAAAUGGCCGAUUAAUGUCUGGAGACAUUAAGAUAGGAGCCCUGUGUGGUGGUAGCUGUGGUGGUAGCUGUGGUGGUGGUGGGGCCGUGGGGGGGGGCAGUGUGGUAUAGCUGUGGUGGUGGUGGGGCCGUGGGGGGGGGCAGUGUGGAGUGUGCAUGGAGCGUGCGUGGCUCGGAUUGGGAAUGUUAGUUGUUGUCGGUUGGUUUGAUGAGUGCGCGCGCGAGAGGUGUGAUACGGUAGCUGCUUUUCGGGUGGGGGUAGAGCGGCAGACUGGACGCCGGCACGGCAGUACGGCACCAUUAUUACUUGGGAGCAUUAUUGCGGGACUGCGGGGCGCGGUGAAGCCCCUGGGGGUGUAAUCAAGUUGGUCC